ACAACAAUGGAAGAUCCCAAAUCCGAAAUCUCACACAUCGACACCCUCCCAGCCACAUCCAAAGCUACACCUCUCACCACGCAACAAUGCACAACCCGCGAAACCGACACCAUCCUCCUAGACGCCGAUGCCGCACAUCUCGAAAAGGGCCAAAUUGGAGACCUGAAACUAGCGAAAGAUGGGCAUACCGUUCUGAUUCCGCAACCCAGCGCUGAUCCCAACGACCCGCUCAAUUGGUCAUGGAGACGCAAGCAUCUGAUGCUGGCGGUGGUGUCGUCUACGGCGUUUCUGGGGGAUUACGGAUCUGGGUCGGGGAUCCCGUUAAUUGUGCUGCAAGGGGAGGAGUGGGGAUUGUCGCCGGCGAAGGUUAAUGAGAGUGGGAAUUUGAAUGUGGUUAUGUUGGGCAUCGGGGGACUGUUUUGGAUUGUGAUGAGUUCAUUUUGGGGGAGAGCGCCGGUUAUGUUUUGGUCUACGCUUUCUGGGGCGUUGUUCACUUUGGCUUGUGCGACGACAACCUCUUUCCCCGUCUACUACGGCUUCCGCGCCCUCAUGGGCCUAACCCUAACAGCCUACCAAGUCGUCGGUCUAGCUUGCGUAAAAGACAUGUUCUACUUCCACGAGCACGCCCGCAAGAUCGGAAUCUGGGUCGCCAUCUUCAUCCUGUCCCCAUACCUCGGGCCUUUCUUUGCAAACUUCAUCAUUGCGGGGACAGGUGACUGGAGGGCCGUCAUGUGGCUGUGUUUCGCGAUUUGCUCAGCCGAUCUCAUUGCCAUCAUUCUCAUCUGCGACGAGACGUACUACGAUAGAACUGUAUCGAUAGAGUCCCAACCAGCGCGACCGCAGACAUUCGGCGCUAGAAUGCUGAGGGUUGUUGGGAUUUGGCAGAUAAAGCAUCAUAAGGGAUACUUUACUACGCUUUCGCAUUCGUGUAGACGUCUUUUGUCUACGUUCUUGAAACCUAUCAUUAUUCCGGCGAUGUUGUACUACGCGAUGUCCUUCAUGUGGUCUGUAGGCAUAAACAUAACCUCCACAAUCCUGCUCGAAACCCCAACUGCUCUCGGCGGUUACGGCUACUCCCCGCUCUCCAUCGGCUUCCUCUACUUCACACCUCUCGUCGCCGUUGUCCUCGGCGAAGUCUUUGGCCAUUUCUUCAACGAUUUCAUCGCUAACCGCUAUAUCCGUCUCCAUAGCGGCGUUUUCAAGCCCGAGGCGCGACUCGUGACUAACUACGUUGCUGCGUUUUUCAUGAUUCCGGGGUUGAUCGUGGUGGGGCUUACGCUGGAGAAGCAUUUGAGUGUUGCGGGGAUCGUGGUGGGGUGGGGGAUGUAUACUUUUGGGGUCAUGCUUGCUACUGUUGCAGUCACGGCUUAUGCUUUGGAUAGUUAUGGGGGUGCGAGUUCGGAGGUUGGGGGGUUGUUGAAUUUUGCUAGGGUUAUUUCCGGUUUCUCGGUAGGAUACUUUCAACAACCAUGGGGUGAAAAGUCGGGGUUCGCGCUGUCUUUUGGGAUUCAAGCUGUUAUUGUUGCUGCUGCGUUGGGUAUUAUUGUGGUUCUUCAGGUUUUGGGGGGCAGGUUAAGGACGAAGCGUGGGCCUGUGGUGUAGAAUGUCAUCUCAUGUUUGCUGCCGGGCACCAGCAUGGAUCUUGCUGAGAUUUUGAGAAAGACAUCGCACAAGUGUAUUAUCUGAUGAUGCUGUGUUCAUCAGAAUGAAAAGUAGAGUGCACAUUUUUGAUGUUAUUUCUGGAUGAGACCACAUUAGUAUCCGUUUUUUUGUUCUAGGUUUCCUGCAAAUUGAUUCAGCUUUCCCGUCGCGCGUUCUGCGAAAGCGGGUCCAUCGUCAUGUUUGUCUACCUACAAAACCUCCUAUGUCGCAUCUCCAAGCAUUCGUACUAUUGUUUCGUUGGUCCCAAUUUCUUCUUUGUUGGCUUCUUCGAAUUUCUUACUGUCCCUUUCGUCCAAUCUCCAUUUCUUCGCUUUCAUAUUCUUUUCUUUGGACUUGUUUCUGUUCCUCUGGAGUUGGUACCACUUGCUUGCAAACCAAUCAGGGACGGCGUAGGUAAGACAUUUAGGAAGGACCAUUUGAUUCCGCUUCCUUUCCCAUGAGUUGUCCUCCCUAUCGCUGUCUCGCUUCUCAUCAGCUGCUUCGUUGCCGUUGUCAAUUCCAAUCUUGCCCCUCUCAUCCCUCUCAUCUCUCCAACUUAGAUACCACUGCGAGCCCAGAAUCCCAGCCACAGUCACGAUUACCGU